CAAAACCGGUUAUUUCUAGAUUUAACCGGUAUUUUUCGCAUUUAAAAGGCCAAUUAUUAGUUUAUCAUUGUACUCUAAUACGCGUACGCACUCGCUCGGCCGCAGCACGAACUUCUUCGCCGUGACAUGCACGUGACUCAUCGAUUCGACUGUGAUUGGCCAGAUUUAAAUUCGUAGAUAACAAUGUAAACACUGCAGAUGUUCUUCGCCUAAUCUGUUUUAAUUUACCGAAUAUACCAAAGUUUUCCUAUUUAAUAUUUAAAUAUCACAUUAUGGUCAGGCUUACGGCGCUUUUGUGUGCUAGAAAAUAUAGAGCGACGCCUGCUGCGGUGAAGGACAUACAAUUCCCAACUGGAACCCUUAAGAGUGAUUUAAAUCUGGCCAAACCGGCCAAACCCUCUAAAGCUGCUAGUGUUGAAAAAACUGAAAAUAAACCUAAAGAGCCUGUUGUCAAGAAGAAAAUUUUGGAUUCGAUCGUACUGAACGUGCAGGGCGGCACUGGCGGAUCCGGAAACGCCAAGCUCGUAGGCAAAGGAGGCAAAGGCGGAGAUGUUUAUUUCAUCGCCACAAAAGGAGAAACUCUUGCCGGCGUGAAAGAAAAGCUUCCUUACGUUAAAAUCCAUGCAGAGUCCGGCGGCGACGCCACAAACGCUAAUUUACGAUUGGGCAAACCUGGAGCUGACAAAUGGAUACCUGUUCCGGUUGGAGUGAACAUUUACGACAAUAUUGGAAAUUAUUUAGGCUCACUGAAGAAAGAAAACAGUGCGUUGUUGAUAGCUAAAGGUGGCCACGGUGGAACUGUCAAGAACAAAUUCAGAUUUGGAGGAGGACAAGCAGUAACUGCAAAGGUCGAGCUGCAAGUGGUCGCCGAUGUCGGAAUUGUCGGCCUCCACGGCGCCGGAAAAACGACGCUGCUGCAACAGCUGACGUUGCCCCUUUCGAAAUUGCCUCGUCCCACUGAAUUGACCAAGUAUGCUGAAACCAAAAGGAUGGUCUACCCUGACUUCAGGGAAAUGAGCGUGUUGGACACGCCAGGCAUUUGGUGUGGCAUGCGAGACGAUUUUCGUGGCCAGAAGAUCUUGAGUUACCUGCGGCGAACGAGGCUUUUGAUGAUUUGUUUGGAUGCCACUGGAUUUCAGUUUCCUAAAAAGAAACUUAACUUGUUUGAGUCUUACAUGUGUCUCAACAAGGAAAUUGAGGAGUACAACGCCAAAAUGCUGGAAAGGCCGACUGUAGUGGUUGUAAACAAAUUUAAUCAAGAAGGAUCUCAAUUUGAACUGUUCCAAGAGCAACUGGGCAGUCUGACAGAUUAUGUCGGAACGGUGCACCCAAGCAUACGCCCUGAAAAAUACUUCCAACCGAAACACGUGGUCGGAAUGGACCUGAGAAUUAAGGAAGAGGACAAGCUGAAUGAGCUGUGGAGCCAAAUUCGAGAGUUGAUGGACCGGUACGAGUACGACAGACUCGACAAGGCGGACGAAGGCGAGAGAUUCAUCCGGCAGAUGCAGAGAAACAACGACUGAAUAUAAGCAAGAGGUUUUGCGAUUGGUAUCGUUCUCUGGGCGGAAAUGCGGUGAUCGACGAGGAAACAGUGGCUCGGCUCUUUGAAAUCAGAAUUCCGCCGUACGCGCCUCUUUCUCAACCAAAUUUGGGCCUGCGCUGCAUCGCCUCUCGAGCGGUGAAUCAACUCGAGCAGCGGAAGCCGCCAGAAAAGACUCAUUUGCACAGGCCGAGUGCGCAGACGCCUCCUCGAUACGAGCCUCCUGAAGAACUGGUGUCCAUGCAGCACGUCUUCGAGGACAUCCUCCAUCUGGAAAUCGUGCGAGCCUUCUGCGAGCACCUCAAAGAGCAGCAGCAACCUGCCAGUUUCAAACCUCAAUUUCUUGUAGAGCGCAAAUUGCUGCCAGAAUAAAAAUUUUUAUAAUAUAAA